AUGUUGGAUUAUUUAGGAGUGCAAGUACUUACAUCUGAUUCUGACAUCACAGAUCUUAUCACCAGUGCUGACCUGUUAGAGGAACAAGAAGAUCCAAAUAACCCAAUAGAACCUAACCCCAAGAAAUGUAACGUUUGUCAUAAAGAGUUCACUGAAAAAUGCAAUUUGUGUCGCCAUAUGAAAAAGAACUUAGAUAAAAUGGAAAAAUGUCAGCAAUGUGACAAGGUGUUCUACACCAAAUGUGAUUUAUCUUGCCAUGUUGACUCUUUUCACAAACAUAUUGUUUUUCAAUGUACAACAUGUCAAAAGAGCUUUAAGUCAAAAACAGGACUCUCGUACCAUAACAGAGAACAUUCGGGCCAGUUCCGUUACCUUUGUACGUAUUGUGGAAAAGGCUUCAAUUACAAAAGACAGUUUGAGGGACACAAAGCGGGCCAUGAAAAUGAGAGAAAUUUCAGUUGUUCGAAAUGUGGGAAGUCAUUUCAGUAUGAAAAUAGUAGAGAUAAUCACGUCAAACUGUGUGGAAUUAAUAAAGAGAAAUAUGCUAAGUGUGACCAAUGUGGGAAAGCCUUUAAAUGUAUAAAAUAUAUGAAAGAGCACCAGAAGUGUCACCUGAACCCAGAUAGGUACCAGUGUGCAAUGUGUGGCAAUUACUAUCAGAACAGAUCUGGUCUACAUAAACAUGUGAAGAAAACCGGACAUAAUUAA